AUGUCGCAUCAGGAUAGAUUUGUCUCUAGCCCUGAGGAUGCUUCUACAGAGAGUGUCAUUAGAUUGCAGAAAGUGAAUGAGAAUUCAGCUGUAGAUGCAGAAGAUAGUACUGAAGAUGUUGCAUACAGCGACAAGGAAGCAUUUGAUUUUGAUAAUUCUUCAGAUGAUUCUAAUAAAAGAAGAGAUAAUAAGAAUGGUAAACAUUCAAAGUCAAAAGUGAAGAUAAAAACAUUAACAAUAGAUGGACAGUUGGUUUAUUUCUGUAAGAUUUGUGAUAAAGUUUUUACCAGACGCAAGGACAAACUAAACCAUGAACUAGCUCACAGCGGAGAGUCGGUGCUGACCUGCACCGAGUGUGGCAAGGAGUACCUACACGAGUCUAGUCUGGCCUCACACAUGAGAACACACGCUGGAGAUCCUUUGUUUAUGUGUGACCUUUGCCCUAAGAUGUUUGCCCAAAGCCAUCACCUGAAGACGCACAUACUGUCUCACUCGGAACCAACUAAUUUUGUUUGCAAGACAUGUUACAAAGAAUUUCCAACAUCUUCUGAUCUGAAUCACCAUAAUCGCAUUCAAUCAAAGCAAGAGAUAACAAAAUUUUGGUGCAAAAUGUGCAAAAUCUAUUUUUGUAGAAUUCAUAAGUUGACAUGUGAAUCACGACUUCAUGCAUUUUGUUGCUCUGCAUGCAGUGAGUUGUUUCAUACACAUAAAAAAUUGAAAAUACAUAUGAAGAAAUUUGCACAUUACUCGUUAGAUAAGCCAAAGUAUAUUGAGCCUCUUCAAGAACAUGAACUGUACCCAGAUAAAGUUCAGGAGAAUCUAAAAAAACUGCAGUCUCAGAAAGAAAAUGAUCUCAUGCGUAAACCAAUUAAGAAUGAUGUCAACGGAAAGCGACUGAGUGAUAGUUAUUCAGAUAUUCCAUUUAAAAGGUUCAAGUUGUCAGUUCGGAAACUAAUCAUAGAUGGAGAUCAGUCAAGUACAUCCGUGCAAGAUUCGGCACCGGAAGCUUCUAAAGAGGUGGAAAUUGAACUUAAGUCACCUCCAAGACACAGGAAGGGAAAACCUUACUGUAAGAAGUGUAACAAGUCUUUCAAGGACUCUGUAGAUUUGGAUCGCCACAAAGCAUUGGUACACGAGGACAGAAAAGAUGCAUUUAAAUGUGAGAUCUGCAGCUUGGAGUUUGCUUCCAGUGAUGACCUCGACAGACAUGGCUUUAAACACAGCAGGGAGCGCAUGCAUACCUGUCCCGUGUGUGGGCAGGAGUUCCCAGACUCCUCCCAGCUGACUUUGCAUCUCCGAAUACAUGUUGGUGAUUUCCCUUACAAGUGCAGCCAGUGUGGGAAAUCUUUCAGGCUGAAGAUUCAGCUAAUUCAGCAUGUUCGUUUACAUAUUGCUCAAGACGCAAACGGUGCGGACAAGGGCGGGGAAAGUGCCGAUGUUGGAGAUGAGCAGCAGGAUCAUUCUCAGGGAGAAGUUGAGAAUUUUAAGUGCCAUCUUUGCAGCAGGUCAUUUAUGUACCGGUACAAACUGCUGGACCAUAUGAAGCUACAUGCCAAUGUCAAGUGUUUUCAGUGCUACAUCUGCCGGAAGAUGUUAUCGACAAAAUGCAAUCUGCAACGUCAUCUACAGACACACAUAAAACAGGGAAUGGAUGUUGAUGUGCAUAAUAUUAUAAUUGACGGGGAUUCAAAAUCACAGUUAGACAGCGUGAGCGAACAACUUAUACGAGCCAACUUUCAGUUGACGGAACAUAUUCAGAAUCAUCAAGGCAUUGAAGGUGUCGAAAAAGAGGAUCUGAAACAGCCAUUUUUUGGUAUUCAGAGAUCUGUUUCAAAUUUUGAAUUAGAAAGUAGAUUUAAAGAUCACAGCAACUUUAAUGUAAAUAAUAUUGAAGUUCAAGGCCACAGUCUCGGCAUCAGACUUGCGGACAUCAAAGCUGACAUAGAAGAUGACAUGGACAGUUUGUCCGAACAUAGUUUCAGCUCGUCUUUCACUAGAGAUUCUGAGCGAAGCGACCCAUUUAAAUUUUCUUCUGAUGAAUCUGACACUUUUAAAACCAUAAUGGCCAAAGAACGCAUUCGAUUAAGACGAAGGUUGAGGAAAAAUCGGGAGUUUUUCGUACAUUCGGGUCUGCAAGAUUUAUCCGAACUGAAGAAGAAUGAUGAUCUAAAUUCUGUUGUUGCUGCAGAAGGAGGAGGAGAUCAGGAGGAUGAUGUCACUAAUAUGAUGGUUGAACUAAACACAGUCACCUCAGAGCUUGAUGAUGUUACAACUGUGUUUGUUAACUUAACUGACAAGAAAAUGAUCACUUGUGAGAAAACUAUUUCCUCCAGAAUAACAGAAACAUUGUUGAUUACUGGUAGCUCUUCUGUGCCGAAGAUUGAAUUUUGUGUGAAGAAGGAGAUUCAUCAAGAUUAUGCAAAUCAUGAGCUAGGAGCUUCAGAAAAUGAUGUUAAAGACAUAGUUAACACACAUGAAAUUGGGAAGGAAGCCACAAGUGGGAAAAUGCUGAUGUUUGAAUUUGAUGCAGAACAAUUUUUGGACAGUCACAUUAAUUGUCAUGAAGAAAGAACUGGAGUUACUUCUGCUAAGCAUAUAGAUGAACAUUUUCAAACUGAAGAGGAAAUAAAAGUUACUGCCAGUAAACCAGGUCAAGCUCAACAAGGGGAAAGUAGUCUGUCUUCAUCAGAAGAUUUGCAGCUGCCAGGUCAAAGGUCACACUUGAGGUUUAUAGUAGAUGAUAGCAGCCUGACAUCAGAAUCUUCAAACUUGGAAAAAUUGCAGGCGGUUUUUGAGCAUUCUUCCAAAUAUCUUCCUUCGCCACUUUCUAGCAGAAAGAUUCCUGCACAGUGUCAGCAAGAUGAAACCCACAUGAGCACAAAAGAUGAGUCAACAUUAAAUAAUUUAAUAAAUUCUCAUGGCCUGAAUUCAUGUAACUCACAUUCACAAGAAAAGCAACAAACAUUCAUUGUUGAAGACUCUUUUGAUAGAAAAAUUACAAUGUUACCACUGCAGAUAUCACAGAACAGCCCUCUCGUUGACCAAACAACUCCGCAAGUCACAGCACAGGACAUGAAGUCAAAUCUUGGCCUCAAAGCAGAAAUUGUUCAUGAAGCUAAAUCUCUAGAAAAAUCAGAAUGCAGCUUGGCAAGUGCGGAGACGAGUAGAAAUGAACUUAGAAGCAAGAAUUCUGCCAAGAUUACAAAAGAAAAUAAUUUCAGUAGCUAUACUCACCGAAAUGCUGGAGAAAAUGUAACUGUUCUAAAACAUGCUUCAGACAUUAAUGAUCAUAGUAUAUCCACUUUGAUGACACCGCAGCCAUUCAGUGUAGCAAGUAUCAUUAAAGAGACACCGCACUCAUUGAGUUUCAGCACGUCUUCAGGCACAGAUUCUCAUUCAAAUUAUAAUAUUUCAGAUCUCAUAUCACAACCUUCAAGUCACACCAUUUCGAAUUUCACAUCACAGGCAACUAGUCACAACAGUGCCGAUCUCUUAGCAGAGUCUCAAAAACCUGCAAUUUCCAACAACAGGGUCAAGUUUACAGGUCAAGGCAAUUCCAGUUUUAUGGUGCAGUCGUCGUAUCUCAGCAGUUUGAAUCUCACAAAUCAGACUUCAGAUAACACUGGUUCUAAUCUCAUGGUACAAUCAGUCCAUGCUGGUUCCAAUGGCACAACAGAACCUUCCAGUAAUGGCAACUUUGUGCUUAUUUCACAGUCUACAGGUUGUACCAGUUCACCAUCUAUGGUACAGUCAGCUAUUUCAAGCUCCAUAUCUUUGGUACAGUCAGGCCAUCCAAGUUUCACAUCUGUGGUUCAGUCGGUUCAUCCAUGUUCCACAUCUCUAGUGCAGUCAAGUCAUACUAUAUCCACUCCUGGGAUACUGACUUCCUCACCUUUGGUGCAUCCAGGUUUCUCACCUGUGGUACGACCUGGCUCCACACAUAUCAUACAGCAAGACCCCAUACAGCCAGGACACAUGAACUCUGCUUCAUUCACACAAACCUCAAACGACACCACUCCCAAACUCUCUGCCCAUCAUUCAAGUCAUCCUACCUACACUGUAAAUACACAACAUGGAAAUCAUAUUUCAAGUGUCCCUGCCCAAAUGUCAAGAAGCAAAAAGUCAAAAGCCCGUGCCCACAUUUCAAGUCACAGAACCGUUAUCACAUCACAGAGUUCAACACAUCAGAGUUCCAGUCUCACUCCCCACCAACAAACAAGUCACAGUAAUUUCAAUCUGACUACUCCACUCCCUGCUUCGCUGGCCAGUCACAUGUACUGUAAUUCAAUUAUUGGAACUUCAAGUUCUGAAGCAGGUUAUCUUCAGCCAAGUUUUAAUCUCACUUCAUCGUCGGACACAAGCAUGAAGCUCAACCCUGCAUUGGGUUCCAUCAGCACAAGUUCAGAUAACUCAACUGUUAGUUACGGCUAUUUGACAAACCAGAAUAAUCCACCAAGUCUUCUUGGUGGCUGCUUCAUCUCAGCACAUCCCCUAAUAAAUCCCCAGUAUGCCAUAGGACUAAACACACAUGUAAAUCCAAGUCUGUCACUAGCAGGGAAUUCCGAUUUCUCUUUAAAUCCAUCCACAAUCUUUGAUGCCAGUAAUCCAGUGUAUCGGGACAUGAAUAUGAUGGAUCUGAUUUGCACCUCUUCGACAGACUGUUCUCAAGCAGUUGCAGGUUCCAAUAUAGGAUUUGUCAGUCAGGGCUGCUUGGAAGCCCAAAUGAGAAAUGAUAUUGCAACACCUUUUGGGAUACACAGUGGUUUCUUGCAGUCACAGAAUCAGUUUUUCAAUAUAGGAAAUCCAACUAUAGCCGCAAGCUUUGGAAUCUCAGGAAAUCCAGCCAAUAGUUUGUUUCCUCAACAAAUUAUUCCAGUCCCAGUAGGAUUUGGGCAGUUAGACAACCAGAUGUUUACAACAGGACUUGUAGCUGGAGAUGGCACAUUAUUGAACUCUGGGAAUGUUUACGGUACUUUACCCAGGGAUGUCUAUCUGAACAGCAGUAAUGUUCCUGUUCCACAUUUUGCUAUGCAGUUAGGUCAAGCAGGUGGUUUAGUUCCUCUGGAUUUUGCUAACAUGCUUCCUCAGAACACGAGUGGUUUCCCUGACAUGAAUUCUUUCAGAUCUGGCAGCAUUAGAGGCUCUCUUUCCAUGAACAUUGCAGAUCAAGCAGGAUCUUCUUUUAUCAACACGGGAAAUCAAAGUCUUAAUCAAGCAAGUUUUAGCAGUGACUUCCCUUUAAGCAUUUCAGCCAAUCCCCAGUUGAUAAAUAACCUUAGCAGUAUGGGUAUUUUCCCAAAUUCUGGUUUACAGAGCAACCUAAGCAAUCUCAUUGCACCUUCUAAUUUUAAUUUCCUAAAUGCUGCAAUGAUUCCACAAAACCCAGGACAGUUACCUGGCUCGUCAGCAGCUUUUGUUACAGAUUUUAGUACAGGUUUCUUUCCAAAAUUCUAG